UGCUCCCGGCACGGGGCUCCCGGCCCCACCGGCACCCGGCGGAGCCGCUCCCGGGGCUCCCGGCGGCUUCAGCCCGGCCGCGGGCAGCAAAGCGCAGCGGCGCCGCCUGCUGGUGGCAGCGCGGAACUGCGCGGGGCCGGGGCGGCCGCAGCUCCCCCUUGGGCCCGUUCCGAGCCCUGCGCCGGCGGCCCUGGGAGGCUCUGGGAUAUCGCGAUUUGAUGGGAAAUCAUGGGAGGCUCUGGGGAUCCAGGCCCCCCCCCCACCCCUCCCGGGGGGGUUUGGAAAGAGCGGCGGCCCCUUUAAGGGCGCGGUGGCCGCGCGGUCACGUGAGCGGCUGCGCUCGCAACAUGGCGGCGGCCGUGGUGCUGCUGCUGCUGCUCCCGGUGGUGGCCGGCGGCGGCGGCGGCGGGCGGAGGGUGAGCGGGGCCGGGACCGGGACCGGGACCGGGCCCGGGGGGAGCAGCGGGCACGGGGCCCGUGUGAGAGCCGCCGCUGCCCGCAGGUGUCCCUGCACUACAACCCCGGCUGGAACGGCUCCUCGGUGAACCUGCUCCACGUGCGGGCCGUGGGCGCCGCGGACACCCUGCACUACGUGUGGAGCAGCAUCGGCGGCCCCGCCGUGCUCCUGCUGGCCUCCCGGAGCAGCGCCAGCGCCCUGGGCAUCGACUGGACCCGGCUCCUCUCGCCUGCCCCCGCCGGCGCCGUCUGGAUCGAGCCCCCCGGCAGCGUCACCCACGCGGCCGCCGUUGUCUUCACCAAGGUGUUUGAGUACAGCGAGGCUGGAGCCCAGGAGGAGCUUUUCUACCCCACCUACGACCUCUCCGAGUUCUCCUGGGCCAGCAUCAAUGGCACCCUGAACCACACAGCGCUGACGGCCGAGUUCUCCGGGGUCCCGGCGGCUGAUCCCGGUGGCAGCUUCUCCAACGGCAGCGUGGCCUUCCGGGUCACAGCCUACGAGGCCGGCGGCCGCGAUGAGGCCCUGCCCAGCCUCCUGCACACAGCGAACAGCUCCAAGGUGGAGUUUGUCCUGGCCGGGGUGGCCCCGCGGGGCAACGGCUCCCGCUUCGCGCUGGAGGUGGCGGCGGUGGAGGAGCCGGGGCUGGCGCCGGCGCUGCGGGCGCUGCGCUCCAUCGAUGACGAGUACACCCCGACCGUCUUCGAGGUGCUCUCCCUGGCAGCCCAGGCCCAGAACGAGAGCUCGGCGCGGAGCUUCCUGCAGUGGAAGGCGACCGCCUACGGCUCCCGGCGGCCCCGGCGCGAGGACCGGAUCCGCUGCCGCUCCCAGGGGCUGCGAGCGGCCAACUGGAGCCUGCCCGCGUCCAGCCUCGUCCGGGCCUACUUCGGGGACGGGGCCGGCAGCAGCUACAGCGUCAGCGCCGUCAACAUCUCCUUCGGCGGAGAGGAGGGGAAGGUUUACGAGGAGAAGCGGUUCCUGAGCUGGUCGGCGCUGCUGGGCUUCGGGCAGCCCCCCCAGGACACCUUCUCCCCCCUCGUCAUCUCCAUCAUGGCCGUGGCGCUGGGCACCCCAGUGCUGCUGCUGCUGCUGGGCGGCUGCGCGCUCCUCUGCGCCCGCAGGCGGCGCUACUCCGAGUACGAGCCCAUCAACUGAGCGGGCUGAGCCCCGAGGGACCCCCAGGACCACCCUUGGCUGCUGCAGGGGCUCCUCUGCCCUCCCCUUGGAGCCCUCCCCUUCACCCCACAGCCCAGGCUCGGAGGGGACCCGGGUGCCCGUUGCGGUUUCCCACAUCCUGGCUCCCUUCUUCCCGUUCCUCUUCCUGCCCCAAUCCUUGUCCCAUUGCUCCCCCUCUGCUCCUGCUCCACCCGGCCAAGGGAAGGGACUGGAGGGGGGAGCUGAUUCCCAAGGGAUAAACCCACUGGUGCCGGGUUCGCAGCCCGUGGAGCUGUGCUGGCCCUCGGGAGGGCUCAGGCAGUGGCUUCAGCUCAGUUGGGUCCUGCUCUGCCUCGGCUGCAGCCGGGGCUCGGAGCCGGGAUCUGGGUGCAGGAGGCCACGGACAAGGUGCUCUGUGGGUGCUCUGGGGCGGGCAGAGGGCCCCUGAGGGAUGCGCUGGGGCUUGGGCUCCAGCACGGGCUUGGCUUUGACCAAAUAAAGUGGAUUUUGGUUGUCUCCU